AUGCCGAGGCCUCAGCGUACAGACACCCGUGAACUGGAAAGCCUGACUGAUGCUUUUAUUCUCGACAUUGGCCCCAACUCAGAUCGUUCGCGCAAACGGCUCGAGGUUUUCCGGUAUCUCCGAGGCUUGAUUGUUGAGACCUUCCGAGAGUGGAGAGUUCGACAGUGGGAAGCACAGCGGGACGCGCGCGUCGCCUCCUCCUCUCCUGCCUCUUCCACACACGGACAGCUCCACUCAAACGAAGAAGGCCGGGUCCCAAGGGGAAGUGGAGAAGAGAAAGCUGCAGGGGAAGAGGGAACACGCGAAAGCGAACCCACUCAAGGACAGCCGCGGCAGGAUUCGGCCUCGGCGCCCGGCGAUGCGUGCAGCUGUCCGUGCUGUGUUGGGCACCGCAGAAAAGAUGGGACAGGGGCGGGGAAGAAGACUGCUUACUGUCCGGUAUGUAAACGCCCAAGACGAGAAUCAGACGUAGAGACACACAGGGAGGACAAGGCAGAAGGCAGCGGCGCGUCGGGAUGUGGCGAGGCCUCGAACGACGCGGAGCAGCCGAAGACGAGAGGGGGCGGGGCAGGCGAAACACCAGAGUGGUGUUUGUGUGAGGCGGGGGGAUCUGGAGACGGCGCCGCGUCCUCGCAGAAAAAUGGCGCCGGACCGACGGGCGUGGGCGUCUCCGUUGCUGGGCUCCAGUCUCCAGCGAGCGACCGCGAGGGGCCCUCGAGUGGAGACACUCGGGCGGUGUGUCAGUGUCGGUGUUGUCGAGUUCGAAGAGCGCAAGGGCCAGAAAGAGGCUCUCCAGAUCGGGACAGCAGACGCGCGGGGCGCGAGGAUACAGACGCCUCGGCGCCGCCGGAAGGCUCGACGUUGCGAGAUCGAUGUGCGCAGUCGGCAGCGCCUUCUGGAUGCGCCGCCGACGGAGGCAGCACGGCCGCGGGAACGCGGAUGACGUCGGCUCUGUCGUGGGCCGGUUCGCCUGUCUCCUCGGCGUCGGGUUCCUCGUCUGUGCGGAUUCCGACGCCGCUGGGGAGGGGAGCGUCGGAGUACCGCGCGGAAGAGGACGAGAUCAACAUCACUGUGUAUCGCUACGGCUCCUUCCCUCUGCGCACCUUUCUCCCAGACGGCGAUCUGGACAUUGGGAUCAUCUCGUACAACCGGCGCACCGGCGUGGUGGAGGGCGAGGAGGAGAGCGACGCGCUGCUGGCUGUGCUCUUGGACAAGUUCCAGAGGGAAGACGUGAAGACGCACAAGACCUUUCCGCUGCGGGAGGCUUCGCUCGUCGACGCCGAGGUCCGCAUUCUCAAGUGCAUCGUUAGCGGCAUUGCAGUCGACGUUUCCGUUAACAAAGUUGGCGGCUGCUGUUCCCUGGUCUUCCUCGAGUUGGCCGACCGGCGGAUUGGGCGCCACCAUCUGUUCAAGCGGUCGGUGUUGCUCAUCAAGUCCUGGUUCGCCUACGAGUCGCACCUCCUGGGGAGUCGCUCCGGCCUCCUGGCGACGUACUGCGUGGAGGCUCUCGUGCUCCACCUGUUCCACGUCCUUCCCGCCUCGCUCUUGCCGACGCCUCUCCAUCUGCUCUACCACUUCUUCUCGUACUACUCGUCUUUCCACUGGGACCGCUACGCCGUCACGGCCUGCGGGCCUCUUCCCCUGACUUUCAUCACCCGCGCCUCCUCUGUACCGGACCGACGUGGGGGCUCCGCGCCGCCCCCGCCGUCGCUCUCUUCCCGGCGCAGCUUCGGCCCGCACGCCGCGCCCGACGCGACCGCGGCUCUGCCCCAAGGCCCCGCCGCGCAGCUGUCGCCGUCCGUGCUCGACGGCCUGCUCGACUCAAAGGGUCAGGCCGCGCCGACUCCGCCGCUGUCUCCCUCGUCCCUCUCGACUGCCUCGGCGUCGCGCCCCAAAGCCGAAGAGCCGCAAAUCGGCAAACCGGCUCCGCCGGUCGGCGCCUCCGCGCCCCGCCGGCGCGGCGAGCCCGGACCUGUCUCUGCGCCCGACGGCGGCGCGGGCGCCACGCAGGCCCCAGGCGGCCGCUUCAUGGGCGAACACUGGGUCGGGGUCGAGUACGAGGGGCGCGAGGCGCCGUGGCUGCUCGCGAGGCGCCAAAGAAAAGAGGAAAACGGGGCUUGGUCCGACGGCGACGACGAUCCCCAACUGGAGCGCGCUGCGGUCCUCAUGCUGCUCAUGCAGCAGCAGCGCGGCGGCGUCGGGCCCCACCACGCCCUCACGCUCCCUGGCAGCCACGCAGCGGACAUCGGUUUGCCCUUGGCGCAUGUAGGCCGAGCGGCCGCUUCGGAAGUCGUCUUGCAGGCUCAAGGACCGUCCAUGAAUAUGGCCCGAAUGAUGGAGAGCGUCGAAUUCGUCGAGGAAUGCAGAUACAGGUUCCGGCACUCGUACGGCGCCUACGGGGCUGCGACGGCUCAGCGGGGACCUGGCGCGCGUCCGUUCCCUGCUUUUCCCGUCGCCGGGGCGAGUGCGUCAACUUCUGGGCACCCUGGCGCCGGCUACGGGGGCGGGGGUAGCGCCUCAUCGACGCCUUCCCACUCCUCGUCUCUUUCGUCCUUCUCGAAUCGAAGGUUCCCCCCCGCGGGGCCUGCCGCAGCUUCCGCGGGCGGCCACGCGCCGGGCGCUGCAGGCGCGCCUGCGGGUGGAGCCCCGGGUUGGCGAAAGAGUCCGUUUCUGUUCCGCAGCAUGAAUGUCGUCGACCCCCUCCACAACGGGAACAACCUGGCGCGGAGCGUGAGCGAGACGGCCUUCUACCGCCUCUUGCAUGCGAUGAAAAAGGGCUUGCAGGCGCUCACGCACAUUCUCGCGACCGGCGACGCGGCGCGGUUCCGGACGCUGUUCUUGCCGAACUCGUACCAGCUGUUGGACCGCAUAAAGUCGCCGGAUGUUGCGUAUCCUGUUCUUCGCCCGCUGAUCCUGUUUCCUCUGUCCUCGCCGUCUCUCGGCAGGCCCGCGCUCGCUCUGUCCCACCCCCGUCUUCCGCUCGCGUCGCCCCGCCCCGACCUUCACCACCCGCCUGGCCAGGCGGCUUCGCCGUUCGCCUAUCCGUCUUCUCUCCAAAAGCACGCCGUGGCCGCUCCAGGGGGCGGCGGGGUGGAGGCGGAGAAGAAGCGCGACCUCGCGCACCCCCCCGGGUGCGCGUCUGCUCCGGCGUCCACGUAUCCGCCGUCCGUCGCGUCCUCGGGGGACUCUGACUGCCUGUGCCGCUGCCACUCCCACGCGGGGCGCCGAGCGGGAGCGCGGAAGGGAGAGAAAGACGUUUUCUCGCCGCGAGAGCGUCCCGAGAAGGCGAGCUCGUACUCCGACGUAGAACGCGACGCGCGCGGAGACCCCAAGCCAAACAGAGAGCGGCGGCGAUCUCUCAGUCGCUCGGCGCCUCAGAGUCGGAGGUCUCCGCUCCUGGCACCUUCCGCAGCGUUGCCUGCGAUGGCGCGCGAUGCGGCCGCCGAGGAGCGCAGCAGAUGGCGUGGCGCGCGAGACGCGGGCGGGGCGAAGGCGGAGACGGGAAAGGAACCAGCUUCGCGGCAGGAUGGAGUCGCAGAGAGCGAGACACGGGGCGAGACGGGAGAGAACGGAGGACCGGGGGACUGCGCCCUGGCAGAGGAAACAGGAAGCCGCUCUGUCCUUCCGCGGGUCCGGAACCAAGACGCAUGCGAGGCGAGGGCAAACGCACCUUUCCCGGUUUCGAAGGACAGUGGCGGGGCCGAGGAGCGCAGGCGUCCGCGCAGUUCUUCCUUGGGCUCGGCAACGGGAGACCAGCCGGGGAGUUCGCCACGCAAAGCCCAGCGCCUAGAAGGACAGCCAGAGACAGGCGGGCUGUGUGGGGGGAGCGGUGGUGCGGGCGCAUCUCCUCGCGGCUCGGCGGUGUCUCCGAAGGAAGAGGAAGGAGUCCUCGACUCCGAUCCGCAUGCGUCGUCGGCAGGGCAAGGUCGCGACGCCGGCGCGGGCUCGAGCUCCGAGGAGGAUGACUCGGACAAUCGGUUGUACGACGCACUGCUGGAGGAAGAGAAACUGUCCGAUCCGUUGACGCUCGGGGACCUCGAGGCUGCGAGUCUCCUGGAUCUGUGUCAGCUGCUGCGUCAACCGAAUUCGCUGCAUGCGCAUCUUGUCCAUGCCGCCGCGCUUCCUCCCCCGUCCGCGUCUCCCGCGUGUGAGGCGUCUGCCGCGUCGACCGCCCCGGCCCCGGAUGCAGGCGCUGGCAACGCAGCGGAGUCUCGCGGCCACCAGGGGGCUCCGGCGGUUUCUGGCGAGACUGCGGUCGGGACGCGAGGCGACGAAGUCCUGGGAGACAUCUGCGGGUUGGGAGUCGAAGUCUGGAGACGGCGCCUCGAAGAGAUCGCCGGGUUCUUGAACGGAGACACGCCCCGUUUGGGCCACAAACGAGCCGAGGACGGCGACGGUGCACCAGGGAAACCGAAGCGGAAGACGCGGAGCGCCUGCGAGGCCGAACAGGCGCACGCGGACGGCGUGGGGGCUAGUGAUGUGGAAGAGGCUCUGAGCAAGAUGGGCGUCGACGAAACAGAGAAGAGCGAACGCGGCGACACCUCACUGCCGCCGCAUGCGGCGAGGCAAUCGAAUCGACCGGCCGGGGCUUCUGCGUCGGCGCCUGGAGAAUCGGGCGGCGAACACGAGCAGAGAGUGGGGGCCAGCGGUCGUGAAGGCGCGAGCCCGACCGCGGGAAACGGGGACGACCGCGGACGGAACGGACGGCAGCGGCGCAAGGACAGUUGUGAGCCGACUUCGUCUCCGCCCGCUGCCUCUUGGCAAGAGUCGCCAGCUUCCGCUGCCUGUGCCGGGUCGAAACUUCGGCCUCGUCUCCAUCUUCUUCUGCCUCUCUGCUCGCCACGCGUCUUCCCUUUCGGGCCUCAUGCGUCUUCGCCUCCGUCGCCCGGUUCGGCCCGGACCCACUCCGCGCCCAGCUCGGAGUCUUCCCUUUUAGGCUCGCGGCACUCGCUGCCGCACCCGCGCGAGGGGUCGGACAUCUGCAGCCUCACGGGACUGUCAGCAGGCUCUUCGUGCCCAGGCGGCGCCUCUGGUGACUCCGCAGCCUGCGGGAGCGGCACAGCUGCGACGGCUGCAGGCUUGCCUUCGCGGCACGCGAGCGCGCCAGGGGCGUUUCCCACCUCUGUCCUUGGGGGACAGGGCGUGAUGAACCCCACAGGGUCUGCUGGGGGCGCGUCGACUCCGUUCGGGGCCUCGUCUUCUCGCCCCGGUCCUGCGCCGUUGCCAGUGCCCGCGGCGUACGCCUCCGGGAGCGGCAUCUACGGAUCCUCACAGUUUGUAGGUUCGGCUGCCGGAAAUGUCCACUCUCACGGCCCGCGCCGCGCGCACGGCGCGGCGAUCCUCUACAGUGGAGGCGGCCUGGCCUUGACUGGGACUGCUCUAGGCGACUCUCUGGCGCCAGCGGGGGGCGGCGUCGGCGCAGGCGCGUCGGGGGCUCCCGGCGCGACCUUCCGCCCGGCGCCCGUCCCGCAGCGCCCGCCCCAAGGCGCCCAUUCGCUCGUCUCGGGGCCUGGAGGGCGUCCGCGACGGCGGAGCAUGACCAGCGCGUUGCAGAGUGCGGUUGGAGAAGACGCAGCUGCGGCGCGCGGCUCUCACACGGGCCGAAGUGAGACGAGUGCCUCCAGGUGGAACGUGUCUCAAGCGGGGAUGAUCAGUGCGCCCGGCUCCGUCUUGGCUGCGGCGCCUCCGCUCGUGCUGCGCCCUCAAGGGGCGAGUUCCGGCGGCGAGAGCGGCAGGCUCCUUUCUUCCGAGAGCCGCAGCAGCUCGAGGCAGAAAGCGUCGCCCUCAGGCGACAAGGGCGGUUCUGGAGGGGCCGACAAAGGUUCCCUCGCGAUGGCGAGUGUCCCGCCUCCGGGCGCUCUGCAGGUGCCCGCCGCGAUCCGGCAGCAGGGCGCGGCGCAGGACGGCAGCGGGUUGGGCGACUCGAGGACAGAGACACGGGGAUUUGCGACUGGGAUGUCUGCAAACUCGGAUGGGUCCGCUAACGACGGGUCCGAAUCGGUAUCUGGAAGUCCGGCGCCUUUCGCACCCGCCCUCGUGGCUUCUGCCGGGGCGGAGGGUGGAGACGGCGAUGCCUGGCCCGCCAUGGUGCGCAGUGCCUUGGGAGAGAUCAGCCUCGCAGCCUCGCGCUCCAGAGCCUCGUCGGUCCUCAGCAGCGAGCAAGGCAACGCGGCCACCGGCUUCCGCGGCAGGUCGUGGGCGUCCGUGGCGCAUGCUGCGGCGCGUUUGUCGAGUGCGGAUCUCCGUGAUCCGUCGGCGGGGACGUCGGGGCCAAGCGGAGGCUGCCUAGCCUCCGCAAAAGCGAACGAGAGCCGCUUCAAGCGGAGCAGCAGUCUCGCGGGGGUGGGUGGAGCCCGCGAGCAGAGGGACAAACCCGGUGGGGGGAGGGCGUUGCCGUCCCUUGUGCCCGGGGCCUCCCAGACUGUUUCCGACGCCGGACCCCGGGGCAGUGCAGAUGCCCGAGAAAGGCCGCAUCGAGGCAGCGAAGAAAGAAGUGAAGUUGUGGCAGAAAAGAGCUGCGUGGCGAAUGGCGGCAGCGGUCCGUCUUUGACGGGUCCUCAGGCGGGGACAUAUCUUCACUCGGCGGCCGCCUCGGGUGCACGUGAGUGGAGUGACGCGGGAGGGCGCCUCUCUCGCGACGAUGGGCACUUUUCUGGCGUACACCUCAAGGCGGACGGCACGACCCGUGCCGAAGUGUCUCCGCGAAGCGGCAGAGCCCGACAAGCCCAGGAGACAACUUGGAGCAGCGUCUGUACGCCAAGAGCCGCUCCUGUGGCCCAAAGCGACUGUGGACUCCGGCGCGACGCGGGGCGCUCUUCCGGGCAAACUCGGGGCGACUCCGACGUGGCGACGCAGGAUCCCCCGCGGUCUCAGUCGGUGCCUUCUCACUCUGCUGCCCGCGCGUCGAGUGCCGACGACGGAGAGCCGACAGCAGAGGCUGCGCAUGCGGCUUCAACUCGCGGGACGAAUGCAGUCGGCGUGCCGGGGGCUGGGGACCGACAGGGUGGCGUUUCGGCCGGUCCUCCGAAAGCGCCGUCCACGUCGAAGCGUUCCACGCAUGCAGGCGACGCCGGGGGCGGCGUCUGGCCCUCGGCCUCGGCGGAUGUCUCGCCCAGCCACGCGCAGGGUUUUGGCCGACUCGACGCUCCACAGGCGCCAGACUUCAGCCCAGACGACACCGUCUCGUGGCCGUUUCUGCCUUGUGUCCAGCUCUCGCCUUCGCUCAGACAGGGACGCCGCAGCAGCCUCGGCAACGCGCAGGACAGGCGUGGCCAGGCGAGCACUGAAAAAGGCCGGCCGCAACGAGCGCCUGCGUGGGUCGUGCCGGUGCAAUUGCCUUCGCCGAUUCACAAGACGCGUGAGGUUCCGGCGUGCUCGUGGGGAUUCGAGCCGUCUCCGGUGUCGGUCGCCCCCGUGCUGCCAGGACGAGCGGGGGAGGGACGGAACGCCUUGAUGCCUGGGCAGGAGCUGGCGAGUUCCCACGAGCCGCGGGGGCAUCGGCGGCGAUCCUGCGAUGAGUCAGCUUUGGCCGCGGAGGCAAGUCUAGGAAAAAGCGGGCGGCGCGGCACAGCGGAAGAGACCGACCGGAUGCGAAGUGUGGUCACUCCGGUGUGCGUCCCACCUGCGGGUCGGGCGCGAGACGGCGUUGAGGGCGGACGCAGGGAGGCCUGCAGGCGCCGCAGCGAGGGUGCAAAUGCGGAGGCUGCGUGGACACGCGAGACAGAGGAGACAGCGGGUCUUCGGAAUAAAACUGAGCAAGGCAGUUCAGUGGCCGGGGAGGCGAACCCGAACGCGAGUCCGUGGAUGCCAAACAGCGGUGUCGUCCGGGAGGGAGUGAACAAGAUGCCCACCGGCUCGGGUUCAGGGCCCGGAGUGGAGGAAUCCGCGUCGGUCGCUCCCGUGAUUCUUCCUUCCCGAUUCUCCGCGGGCCUCUCCGCUCCAGCGCCUGUCUCGAUCGGCGCCUCCACUGCUCUCCACGGAGCUCCCUCUUUCGCCGCAGUCGCGGCCGGUGCUUCGACGGGCGGCGGGUCGGGCAGGAAGCAGGGGAGCCCAACUAGCCCCGGUGUCGGUCGCAGUCGGAGCAGCACGGCUCUAGCAGGUAUGUCCUUACCAGAGGUGGAGAAAGGCGCAAAGCCCAAACAGCCUGCCGGAGGCCACAGUGGCGGGGAGCCUGGAGAGCGGGAGGUUCGUGGAGAGCCAGGGAAAACCGCGGCAGGUCGAGAGGAGGGAGACCGAUCCGGAUUUGCCCCUGGUCGCGGAGGAAAGGCAAAUGCCCCCCAGGUGCCGGGUUUCGAGAUCGGGGAAACCCAGUUGUCUGCUGUCUCCUGUGCGGCCGGGACGUCUCCAGGUUUCCUUGAGAAGCCUUCAUCAGGUAGCCGUCGCCCGUCUGUCUCGGUUGAGAGCCCGUUGCUGUCCUCCGAUACCUCGUUUCCCGUCCCAGUGUCUCCUUUUUCUGCGGCGCCGUCCCGAGGCUCGGCCGUCGCCUCUGCCGCGCAGGCGCCUGCCCGGAACUGGGCUGCAGUCGUCGUGAGUCCGCCGAAAACGGCCGCGUCGAAAGGCUCCCAGGCCGGGCCGGGCAGAGACGCGGUCGCGUCUCCGUCUUCGGCCGCGGCUGCAUCAUCGCCUGCCGCUGCCGCUGCCGCCCAAAGAAGCAAAGCAAACAGUGACGCGGUCAGUCCCGCGAAGAGGGGGACUCACCGCGAAGAGGGAUCGUUGGGCUCCAAGCCGUGGUCCGAAAUCGUGGCUCUUGCUGAAGCCGGGCGCGACACGUCCUUCGCCUCCACAGGGCCCAAGGCAACCGGCAAGGCGCCUGUCUCCACUCUGGCCCAGCAGGAGGCGUCGUCGGAGCAUCCGACCGCGGAAGAAGGGAAAGACACAGAGGGUGAGAAAGGAAGAGGCGAGGACGGCGAGAAGGCGGACCAGCGACAGGAUGCCCCGGCAGUCUCCAGCGACGCUACGGCUGGCGAGCCGCCUUCCAAGCCUCUGUUGCUUCUUUUUUCGGAGGCGCUGAGGAAAUCGCUACCCGGCACCUGCGUCUCCGAGCGCGACGAGGGCAUGCCGCGCAGAGCGUCCCGUGGAGACAGCUCUGAAGAUCCUACAACUUUCGCGUUUUCUCCGAAACGUCUCUCGUUUCUCUCGGGCUCGUCGCUGAGUGAAAAUCCGGCGUCUCCGAGGGACGAGAAAAAGUCGAGGCCAAAGGCCACGCGCGACUCACCCAGUUCCCCCCUUCGCCGGUUUUCUCGCAGUGCCGCUGACGCCGAGACUAAAGGCGACGAUCACCUCCGCAAAAGCAGUGUCUUGCAGUCGUCAACUUCUUCGUCUCCCUCGUCCCGGUCUGCCGUUCGUCGAGAGGAAGAGGAAGAGCGAGGCAACUGGCGGGGAAAGAAUCACGCCGAAGACAGGCGGAGCAGCCAGGGCGAGAGAGCCGCGCGAACGGUUUCUCCAAGAGAGUGCGAAGGGCGAAAGGGUUCAGGAGACGGCGACAGUGAAGCGCCGUCCACGCCGUCCCGGCACUCCGCAGCCUUCGGGAAGGCAGCCUUUCAUAGUCCGACUCGGAAGGCAGAUCGCAGCCUCGAUUGGGGGCGAAGUGAUGACGUCGAUCCCCCGCAUUCCUUCUCGCGAAAGGCCUUCUUCUCGGCGAGGACCAGAGGCGUAGAGGAGGACGUGAACUGGCGAAGCACACCAGCUACGCCUGGGAGCUCACGUGGAGGUGCCGUGUCAUUCGCGGGUAGCGAUGGGAGACGCAUGCUGACCGACCGGAGUCCAACGGUGGCCGCGGCCCACACAAGCCCGUUCGGCUCCGACGAGGCAGAGGCGGGGACUGCCAGGCGCGGCGAGGACAGUCGACGCUGUGGAGACUCGCGGCGCUGCGCCACGUUCGCCAGUCUCCUGUCUCAGGUCAACAACAGACGCCCCAGUGGUGCCGCGGCGGGCCAGCGAGGCCGAGAAGCACAUGACGAGACCAAGAAGGAGAGCGGGAAAGCAGACGCAGUGUCGUCAGUCGGGGCUCAACAGGGCCGGCUCGUGCGCGGGGCGUGGACCAGAGAAGCGUUGUUUCAAAGGCCGGAAGUCCUCUCAGCGAUGACCCCCGAAGAAAGGCAAAUCGAACUCGAACAAAGCAAACAGCAACUCGCGGAGCUACAGGAAAGCCUCAUGUGGAAGACUGCCACAAGCAAACGGGACAAGAAAAAGGCCUCGGCGACAAACAGACGCGUCGAACGACAACUCGCUUCGCUCGAAUCGCUUAUCGGGAUCCUUUCCUCCAUGGGGGCUUCAACUGGCGGUGAAGCUGCGGGAAAAAUCAACGAAGUCCCAGCGACGGUCUCUUCCCCACCGACGUCGUCUCAUUGA